AAAAACAAACCUGUAAUAUUCCUCAUCUCUUUACCCUAAUAAAAUAAAAACCUGUGAUAACAAAAUCCAGAGUCCAAUGUCGGUCUUCUGGAUUUCUUACUAAACUAUUUGGAUUUUGGUUCUCUACCCAAAUUCAGACAAGCAACCGGAAAAAAGUGUCAGUUGUUUCAGUUUUCAGACAAGGAAACAAAGCAGAAAAAUCGGGUCAGAAAAAAAAAUGAGAAUUAACUGGAAAUCAUGGUCACUGAACAAGGACCAUCUUGUGAAGCUUGCAAUUGGCAUUCUCUUAGUGGGUUUUGCUUGUAAGCUCUUGGUUUUUCGUUCUAAAGGAUUUGGUGCUGAUUUGGAAUUCCCUGAGGUAGAGAAAGAGUAUGUUCAAAAACCAGAUUUGAAACCUACUGUCCCUGUUCAAAUACCUGAAAAUGAUGAUCAAAUGCCUCUAGAUGUUGUUAUAGAGAAAUGUGAUCUCUUUACAGGGGAUUGGGUUCCCAAUCCCUCAGGUCCGACCUAUACCAACGAGAGCUGUCCCUUGAUAGAAGGUCAUCAGAAUUGUAUGAGGAACGGCCGUCCUGAUUCCGGGUAUCUACACUGGAAAUGGAAGCCGCAUGACUGUCAGUUACCUCGUUUUAAUGCGGAGAGAUUUCUGGAGUUGACGAGAAAUAAAGCAUGGGCUUUGAUCGGUGAUUCCAUAUCUCGUAACCAUGUGCAGUCAUUGUUGUGCAUGCUCGCAACGGUUGAACGGCCUGUUGAAGUUUACCAUGAUGAGCAGUACAAAUCAAAGAGAUGGCAUUUUGCAUCAUACAAUUUUACCGUUUCAAACAUUUGGUCUCCUUUUCUUGUAAAGGCUGCUGUUUUCGAAGAUAAUGACGGUGUUUCUACAGCUGAAGUUCAGCUUCAUCUGGACAAACUUGAUAAGACAUGGACAGAUCUCUACCCAAGCCUAGAUUACAUGAUAAUCUCGACUGGGAAAUGGUUUCUCAAGGCUGCAAUCUACCAUGAGAAUGACACCGAAGUUGGCUGCCAUAUAUGUCCAGGAAAGAACCUGACCGAAUUAGGAUUUGUUUAUGCUUACAACAAAACCCUCCAUUAUGUCAUGGACUUCAUCGCAAACUCAAAGCAUAAGGGGUUGAUCUUUUUCAGGACAUCCACGCCGGAUCAUUUUGAGAACGGGGAAUGGCAUAAUGGAGGGAGUUGUCCGAAGACAACCCCGGCUAAAGAAGGAGAAGUUGAAAUAAAGGACUUGAGCCGAAUUCUACGUAACGUUGAAUUAGAAGAGUUUGAGAAGGCAGCUGCAAAAGCCGCUGACAAUGGGGUGAAUCUUAAGCUUCUUGACUUCACAAACCUCUUAUUAAUGAGACCAGACGGACAUCCGGGUCCAUACCGGCAGUUUCAGCCGUUUGCAGAGAACCAAACAGCCGUGGUUCAAAACGACUGUCUACAUUGGUGUUUACCUGGACCAAUGGACUUUUGGAAUGAUGUGAUUAUGGAGAUGGUGGUCAGGGGUUAAAUUAUUAAAAAAAGAGAAGUUCUGAGCAAUUUUUGGAGGUUGGUUUUUCUCGGAAAUUUUGACAAUGGCAAGCCUGAAGCUAUUUCAUCAUAUUGAAAAGUAGAUAAACUAUACUUGUCUGUAAUUCAUUUCUUGGAUUGGCAAUUGUAACUUGAUUCUAGAACUCUAUGAUUGGAGAUUUGCUAUUAGUGUAUAGAUAAAUAAUCUGCAAACUUGUACUUAUAUGCAAUUUAUUGCAUUUUCCAUACAACCAUGCCCCCAUAAGUGCUUUGCUGAAUUUGGAAUUGAGAAGGCUUAGGUUUUACAGCAAUGAAAAGAUUGUGAUUUAUGGGUAUUGAA